UAAAAACAAUAAUUGUUUUGAAUAAAGUCAAUGAUUAGGUUUUGCAAUUUUUUACUGAUAUUUGGAGCAAGUUAAGCUGAGCAUAUUCGACUCUAUUUUAAUAAAAAGAAUACGAAUUAAGUUAAGCUAAUAACAUGGGUGAACGUAAAGGACAAAAUAAAUAUUAUCCUCCGGAUUAUGAUCCGAGGAAAGGUGGCCUUAAUAAAUUCCUUGGUACACAUGCUUUGCGUGAAAGAGCCCGGAAAAUCCAUUUGGGAAUCAUCAUAAUACGUUUUGAAAUGCCUUAUAAUAUAUGGUGUGAAGGCUGCAAAAAUCAUAUUGGCAUGGGAGUGCGUUACAAUGCGGAAAAAACCAAAGUGGGAAUGUAUUAUUCGACUCCGAUCUACAAGUUCCGAAUGAAGUGUCAUCUUUGCGAUAAUCAUUUCGAAAUACAAACCGAUCCAGCGAAUUUAGAUUAUGUGAUACUAUCGGGUGCUCGUAGGCAGGAGAAUCGUUGGGAUCCUACACAAAAUGAACAAGUAGUACCCGAAACUAAAGAGGUACAAAAGAGAUUGUUCGAUGAUGCCAUGUAUAAAUUGGAACAUCAAGCAAAAGAUCUGAAGGCUGGAGAGCAAGCUAAGCCGGUACUUGAAAAACUAUUGGAACGUAAUAAAACUUUGUGGGAUGAUUGCUACGAAGCCAAUUGCAAGUUAAGAGCAGACUUCCGAGCUACGAAGAAAGAACUUAAAGCCCAAAAGGAACUUGACGACAGAUUACUGGCAAAAAGUAGUUUAGAUAUUACUUUACUUCCGGAAGAUCAACAGGAUCGUCAAAUGGCUGCGCUUAUGAAAUUACAAAGUAAAUCUGCUCAAGAACGCCAGGAGGAGAAGCGUUUGGAUAUACUCUUGGCACCGGCCUUACCCGGCUCUACCACAACAAUAUUUGGCGGUCUAAAGAGACAAAAAGCACUUAGCUCGACUUUACAAUCAGAGCAUUUAGGCAUUAAAAGAAAAUUACUUGAAAUAGAAUCAAACGAUACUAAUAACGCGCAAUUAAAUGGUAAAGUAGCACAGACCACAAACUCCGUUCCUCAACAAUUGUUAAAUAAUGGAGAAGAAAAUAUACCUGAUCAAAACUCUACAUCUUUAUGUAAUAAUUCCGAACGAAACACAGGAACCCCAACCGUUGAAUUAUUUGAUUUGCCAAAAUCGUUGGCAUUAGUUUGCGAUUACGCCAGUUCGAAUUCCCAUUCAUCUUCUGAUAAUGAGAACGAAUAAUUUGGUUUUUAUUUUCGCUUUUAUUAUGGUUUACUAUUUAGAAUAAACGUUGCUUGAUUAGAAAUUUGAUUGCAGAGGAUUAAUUUUUAACUUAAAAAACGGG